CAGUGUCCUAUAUUCCUCCAGCUCUCAUGGCACAGCACAGGCCCGCCAUUUCACUGAAUGCCUUCGCUGCUUUUCAAUCCUGCUUACAGAAAUAAGACAGGAUUAGAGUUGUGGAGACAGAGAUGAAUCAGAGCACGAGCAUUAACAACGCGCGCUUGAAAUUUGUAACAAUGUAAAAUUUCGCGGGAAAUAUUUAGUAACAUCAUCAUCGCGUCGCUCAACGGACAAUUCCAGCAGGAGGCUUCCCAUCCGACCAAUCUUUGUCUGCUACUAUACUUCAAUUUUACCACAGGAGGACGACCGGGAUCUGUGAACCCAACUUGGUAACGUUGUAAAUUUUAAUUUCCAUUCCUAUUAUUUCAUCGACGAUCGCUGGAAAGCUUUAAAGAUGUCUGGACAGAGCAUUACAGACAGGAUAACAGCCGCUCAACAUAGCGUUACUGGAUCAGCCGUAUCCAAAACAGUGUGCAAAGCCACAACGCAUGAAAUCAUGGGACCGAAAAAGAAACAUCUGGAUUAUCUGAUCCAUUGUACCAAUGAGAUGAAUGUGAACAUUCCUCAGCUGGCAGACUCUCUGUUUGAGAGGACCACCAACACCAGCUGGGUCGUCGUCUUCAAGUCUCUCAUCACCACACAUCACCUCAUGGUGUAUGGGAAUGAGCGAUUUAUUCAGUAUUUGGCCUCCAGGAACACACUAUUCAAUCUAAGUAAUUUCUUGGACAAAAGUGGCCUGCAAGGUUAUGAUAUGUCCACAUUCAUACGGCGGUACAGUCGAUACCUGAAUGAAAAGGCCGUUUCAUACCGACAGGUGGCAUUUGACUUCACAAAAGUGAAGCGUGGUGUGGAUGGAGUGAUGAGAACCAUGAACACAGAGAAGCUUCUUAAAACCAUCCCUAUUAUACAGAACCAGAUGGACGCGCUUCUUGAUUUUAAUGUCAAUGCCAAUGAGCUUACCAAUGGGGUUAUCAAUGCCGCAUUCAUGCUUCUCUUUAAAGACUCGAUUCGACUUUUUGCUGCUUACAAUGAGGGAAUAAUAAACUUACUAGAAAAGUAUUUUGAUAUGAAGAAAGUUCAAUGCAAAGAAGGCCUGGACAUCUACAAAAAAUUCCUCACCCGAAUGACCCGGAUUUCGGAGUUUCUCAAAGUCGCAGAGCAAGUGGGAAUUGAUCGUGGGGACAUACCAGACUUGUCCCAGUUUACAGUAUGUGCCCCCAGCAGUCUUUUGGACGCCCUGGAGCAACACUUGGCUUCAUUAGAAGGGAAAAAGGUGAAGGACUCCACUGCCGCCAGCAGGGCGAGCACACUCUCCAAUGCUGUGUCAUCUCUGGCCAACACUGGCAUGUCUUUCACUAAAGUCGAUGAAAGAGAAAAGCAGGCUGCUUUGGAGGAGGAGCAGGCACGAUUGAAGGCUUUAAAGGAACAGAGGUUGAAGGAGCUCUCCAAGCGACCUUCAUUCGGUACGACUGACACUUCUCCGGUCUCCACCACAACAGCGAGCAUCAGCACGGCUUCUGCCAUAGACCUGUUCUCCACACCCAGCUGCUCCAAUGGUGCAUUGAAGACGGAGAGUGACCUCUUCGACCUGCAAACCAACUUUCAUCCGGGCGCACAGCCUGGACCCUCUGUGGCCACUGCUUGGGGAGAUCCUUUCUCUUCUUCUGAAGCUGUCGAUGACUCCAUUCCAAACCUAAACCCUUUCCUAACCAAACUUGUCGUUGACGGUGCUCAUCUACCCGUUAUGUCGUCAGAUGGUGUUAGUUACUCUUCUAGGACGUCAGGUCAUGAGAUUUUUGGUGAUCAGUACAAUCCCUUUAUUGAUUCAAGUUCAUCUGUAUCAGCCAGUAACAAACGCACUGUGCGGAUAGAGCACUUAAUCUCAGACUCGUUCGGUCAGCCGUCUAUGGCCCAGCAUCUCCCAAACCCCUCUCCCUUCUUGUCUGAGCCCUCCAAUGUAGCAGGCCUAUUCAGAGGGUAUGGAGCUCCACAGAUCCCUCAGAGCUCAGGGGAGCUGCGGGUUGACUUUGAGUCUGUCUUUGGUACAAAAGCGGCUUCAUCCAAUAGCUUGGAUGCAGAUGCAGGGAUUUUGAAGCCCACUGUGGCCGGUUCAAGUCAAUCUUCCAAUCAGCACCCAGAGAAGCUCGUGUCAGAUGACCUGGAUUCUUCCUUGGCCAACCUUGUUGGAAAUCUUGGAAUUGGAAAUGGUACCACUAAAAAUGAUAUCCACUGGAACCAACCAGGAGAGAAAAAAUUAACAGGUGGAAUGAACUGGCAACCCAAAAACGCUCCAUCUACCACAUGGAACCCUGUAUCUAUGCCAUCAUCUAUCAUGGCUUUCCCUGCUACAACACCUACUGGAAUGAUGGGUUAUGGCAUGCCUCCACAGCUGCCCUCCAUGAUGACCCAGCCCACCAUGAUGUACACACAACCGGUCAUGAGGCCAUCCAACCCUUUCGGAGCAGUGUCCAGUGCACAGCCCUCCACUGCCUCUAGCCCUUGCAGUCAGAGUCCUCUCAGAGCCCCAGGACAAGACCCCUUUGCACAGCUCUCUCUCAAGGAUUUCUUGUAGAGCUUCGUCUUUUGUCUAGAUGCAGUUUAUGUAACACAGUAUGAAGUUGCUCCCCGAUGUCAAACCAUUAAGCUCUGUUCUCUGUGCUGGGAUGCUCUUCAGAGGACCAAUCCCACAACAUACAGUACUCCACAUCAAAGAUGUAAAUGAAGUGUGUUGAAAGACUAGGAGCAUACUGCAAUCAUUUCGUAAUUUGUUUAAGAUGUCAAGUGAUGCUGCUGUUAACCCAUAAAGGGAUUCCUCAUGCAUUUUAUAAACCGGAAAGGCGGGCGAGUAUAUUGAGAGACUUUUAAGGUGCGAUUGUUUGAUUUCCCUGCUAAAAUCGGAAACGUCCGGCGACAGAUAAUGUUGUGAAAGUUGACCUAAUUCAGAGUAUAACUCGGCAUCUGAUAUAGUAUGUGUUAUAAAAUAGUAACAGUAACUUUGUUUUACAUUUUAUCUUUAGUUUUGACUUUAAUUGUAUUCACCAGUAGACACUACUUUCGUGUUGUUUGUAUUUAUUUAUGAUUAAUGCCUAAAAAAAUUAAACCGGAGAGUUUAUGAACUACAUUGGGGGAAAACGAUAAAUGAUUCAGCAUUACUCAUGGAUGUUGGGUUGUAUAAUGAAGGUUAGACUUUUACAAUAGCUAUUAUGUGGAAAAAUACACCUGUAAGCUAAAUAAUAGAGCACUAACUAUUCUUUAAGUUUAAUGUCUAGAACAACUUCCCAUAGAUGAAAUGUUUGCAGCCCAAGGCUAUUGGGAGGGUAAUCAUUAGUGAAUGGUUUUCUAUUUAGUCAAUACUGUGCUUAGGGGUUUUGCAAUGAGAUAUUUGUCGGGGUAGAAAAGCACUUCCUUUGUGACUGUGAAGUGUUGCACUUGGAAAGGGAUGUGUUCUGCAUUAUGCAUGGAAUGCCAUCAUUUUCACACAGACCAUUAGAUAUGGCUGCCCCUGAUCUGAAUGUUAAGAGUUGCCCUCAUGUUUCAGACUUCUGGUCGAGUAAACUCCCUGCGCCCUACUCUCUAAAAGUCCAGAAAUACUGGACGGGAGCUGGCUGCUCCUUUAGAUAUUGGUCUUGGACAGGGUUAUUGAUAUCAUUGUAAAUUUGUAAUGUAAAAUAUAAGAAUCAUUGAUCGGGAGAAGGUUUGAGCACUGUUGAUCGGUGCUUUUAUGUAUAUAUACACGUAUGUAGGCAGUUUGUCCAGGGGUUGACUGAGGAUGGUUUGAAAUAUGAAAGCAAUUCAAUCAAUUCCGAAUUUAUCUAAGGUUUACAGAUUUUUUGUCAUCCUCACGGAUCAUUUUUAUGUUUAUGUAUUUAAAAUAUGUAAGAAGAAAUUAGUGAACUCCUUUUUUUUUUUUCAAAUAAAGUGCAGCUUCCACAG